AUGGUGCAGUGUGAUGGUUGCGAUAAGUGGUAUCAUUUCUCUUGUGUAGAAGUGACUAGUGGCAUAGCGGACUACAGCUGGAUUUGUCCAAAGUGUCCAUACAUGCAUUUCGGCGCAAGUCAUCAAGAGCAGCAGACACCAAUGCUCCAGCAGAUUCAACCGGUAGAUCCACCCCCCAACUCUGUAAGUUCAAAGAAGUCCACCGGAAAGGCAAGCAGUAACCGGAGCAAUCAACGGAAGGUCGAUCGACUAUUGCAGAAGCUGGAAGAGCAGAAGCAGUUGGAACAAAAGUUUUUGGAUGAAAAAUACCGCAUUUUGGAUGACGAGGACGCUGACGAUGAAACUGUCGCCAGUGAUGAUGAUGUAGGAUCCGAGGAGAUGUCCAAAGUGAGAGGAUGGCUGAGAGAUACGGAAAAGUGUGGUGAAGAUUAUGAUUCCGGUCUGGUGGAAGAAGAGUCGAACGAUGAUCAACUGCAAGCUGUCAUUCAGCAGGCACCGACUAUGGGGCAGACGGAACCGCAAUCAUCUCUACAUGGUUUCGUUCCUAACCAACGUUCAACGCCUCAAGAGACCGUUCGUAUGGAUCCGAGGUUGAGGAGCCGUGUAAUGCAACCUUCCGUUCCAGCACCGAUCCCUGAAAGCCUGUUCCGCCGACCACCGGCACCAGUUCCAGAGGAGCCAUUUCGUCAGCCUGUUGUUCCAGAUACCCAGUUCCGUCAACCACCAGCCACAGCUCCAGGAGUCCAGUUCCGUCAACCACCAGCCACAGCUCCAGGAGUCCAGUUCCGUCAACCAUCAGCCAUAGCUCCAGAAGUCCAGUUCCGUCGACCACCGGCACCUGUUCCAGAAGGCCUGCUCCGAAGGUCGCCUUCGCACACGCUUCCAGAAGACCAGUUCUACCGACCACAAGUACUUCGGUCAGCUGCAGCUUUAGAAACACAUAACUACCUGCCACAGGAUCUUCGGCCUGCUCCAGCUCCAGGAAUCCAGUUCCAUCAUUCGCAAGUCCCUCGAGUGGCUCCAGCUCCAGGAGUUCAGGGCAUUCGGCCGCCACCUGCUGCACCAAAUGAACACUUCUGGCCAGAACCAACAAUCGUCCCGGAAAGCCAGUAUCGUCAACCUUCAGGGUCAAGGAAUGAAAUGCUUCAAGGAGAUUCAACAUCCCGAGGUUUCGGAAAUCCGGAACCAGCUGCUCGCAAUGUCGAAGAGAACGUGUGCAUCCUCAACCGAAGCCAGUUAGCAGCACGUCAGGCUGUAUCCAAGGAGUUACCGGAGUUUUACGGAAAUCCUGAAGAUUGGCCGCUGUUCUUCUCCAUGUACAACUCUUCAACGAAGAUGUGUGGCUUCUCCAACGAAGAAAACAUGCUUCGGCUUCGAAAAUGCUUGAAGGGCAAGGCUCUAGAUGCUGAAGGAUUUCAGGAGAAUACUGCGGAAAUUUUGCUGAAUCUCUAA